AUGAGCUCUAAGAAGAAGUUGACAGCUGUGAAGACAGGCGCAGUGAGCAUGAUGAAAAAGACCUUGAUUUUAGAGAAAUUGUUUCAGUCAUUAAGUCAGAAGAAGUAUAAUAUUCUUCUUCAUAUAAGUGAUAGAGAAGAGAAGAUGAAUGAGAAGACUAAUGAAGAGAAGACAGAUAAGAAUGAGAUGAAAGAAAAUAAUGAAGAUAAAGAGUUAGAAUUUCAGACAGAGAAACUGAAAGUAGAAGCUGAAUAG